CAGCUUUUUAAAGAGCAAUUUUUGUACAAUAAAAUCAAUUCAUUUAAAAUUGUGCAUUUUGAUUGAGCCAUGGAACCUCAAAUGUAUUUCAAUAAAGUUUUUUUAUAGUUUUUAAAAAUUUUCGUUGCUAUUGAGAAUCAGAUCUAUUUUUCAUGGCCUUUUUAGUUUUCUAGUAUAGAAGACAGUGGCUUAAUUUAAAUAUUAAUCUUUCAGUUUUCUGCUGAGAUGUCUGUAAUAGAAUUUAAUCCAUUAUAGCAAUUACUGUUACUAUCAUGUGGAGAGUAAUCAAGUAUUUCAAGAAAUGCAACAUUAAAAAAAUCAUUUAGACCUGCUCUUUGAUUUCACUCUGAAAUUGAGAAGCACAUUGCAGAGAGGGAGGGGCAGUAGAAGCUGGCAGUUAGUCCUGGCCGGGUGGCUCAUGGGUUGGAGUGUCGUCCUGGUCAGAGCAUAGACCUAGGUUAUGGGUUCGAUCUCUUUUGGAGGCCUGUACAGGAGGCAACUAGAUGAUGUUUCUCACAUCGAUGUUUCUCUCCCACCCCCCUCUCUCGUGCUCUCUAAAAUCAAUCAAAAACAUAUCUUCGGAUGAGGAAUUUUUUUUUUUUUUAAGUGAGAAUUUAAAAGAAGAAAAGAAAAAAACCUGGCAGUUAAAACACCUCUCGGUCUGCCUAUUCUAUUUUGUGAAGUUUAUUGUUUAGUUUAUAACUGAUCAGAAGUCUGAUUCUGGACCCUGCCAAUUUGGAUUCUGCUUAAGAUAUAAGUGGUUUCUCUGAUUGGUAAAGACACUGGCACUGUCGUCAGAUGUCUAUUCUCUAUUGGGCCCCUGGGCCUGCCUCGGGUGUGAAAUGGCUCUACUUGUGUAGACAUAAGAGGGGCUCCGCUCCAGAGUCUCAGUGCCUGUGUGUGGAUGAACUGGGGCAUCUCAGGCUAUUCUCUUAGGAGCUGUGUCCUAGGUGAGCACAGAUGGUAUGUGACCCAUAUCAGCUCAUUGGAACUUUGAUCCUGGUGAGUUCAAAUUUGUCCGCACAACUGAUUUACUCUAUAUUUUUCCAGGAAACACGGGGCAUCCAGUCAAACAAAUGCCAAUCAUUUGCAUUCCUGAUUGUUUGAUUUGAACAUAGUGAAAUGUUAUUCUAAUGUCAACCGAUCCUGUGGAGCACUUUCUUAAUAGCUCACCUGCUCUCUCCUGGCCAUCUUUGGGGGGAGGGAUAUGGAUUAUCACCACUUGGUCUGUUGGCCUAACUUUCAUCUUCCUUGUUAUCAUUUCCACCCAAAAUUUUCUUCUCUCUCUCUCUCUCUCUCUCUCUUUUUUUUAAUGAUAGAUCAUACUGUCUGACUGUCAUCCAUGGCUAUACUUCCUUGCUUUCAAGGUGAUGCUGACAUUAGCAGACUGGCUCAUGGGUAUAACUUAGGAGAUGCUGCUUAUUGGUGGUAGCCUGAAAGGUGGACAAGUGAUUUCCUAUUUGUAUGCGAUGGAUCACUUGGAGUCCUUUAUCGCUGAGUGUGAUCGGAGAACUGAACUUGCCAAGAAGCGGCUGGCAGAGACACAGGAGGAGAUCAGUGCAGAAGUUUCUGCAAAGGCAGAAAAAGUACAUGAGUUGAAUGAAGAAAUAGGAAAACUCCUUGCUAAAGCUGAGCAGCUGGGAGCAGAAGGAAAUGUGGAUGAAUCCCAGAAAAUUCUUAUGGAAGUGGAGAAAGUCCGUGCAAAGAAAAAAGAAGCUGAGGAAGAAUACAGAAAUUCUAUGCCUGCAUCCAGUUUUCAACAGCAGAAGUUGCGUGUCUGUGAAGUCUGCUCAGCCUACCUUGGUCUCCAUGACAAUGACCGUCGUCUUGCAGACCAUUUUGGGGGCAAAUUGCACUUGGGGUUCAUUCAGAUCCGAGAGAAGCUUGAUCAGUUGAGGAAAACUGUGGCUGAAAAACAGGAGAAGAGAAACCAGGAUCGCUUGAGGAGGAGAGAAGAGAGGGAACGGGAGGAGCGGCUGAGCAGGAGGUCUGGAUCAAGAACCAGAGAUCGCAGGAGGUCACGUUCCCGGGACCGGCGUCGGAGGCGGUCAAGAUCUACCUCCAGAGAACGACGAAAGCCUUCCAGGUCCCGGUCCCGAGACAGACACCGGCGUCACCGCAGUCGUUCCCGGAGUCACAGCCGGGGCCACCGCCGGACUUCCAGGGACCGGAGUGCGAAAUACAAGUUCUCCAGAGAGCGGGCGUCGAGGGAGGAGUCCUGGGAGCGAGGUCGGAGCGAGCGUGGGGCCACCGACUGGAGGCUUGAAAGCUCCAACGGGAAGACAUCGGAGGAGAAGGAGGCUGGAGAGAUCUGAACCUAUGCCUGGGCGCUGUAAAUAGUCUGAUAAAUGUUGGACACAGCCUGAAGUUACCCUUUAUAUUUGCUGAAUACAACUCAUCUUUUGUAGUUUAAAAUUUCUAUUGUUUUGGAGCUAGCUGUGAGUUUCUAGAGAUGUACAGAAUUACUCCUGUGUUCUGCGGUUAUGUUGAGUAGGAAUAAAUAAAUCUGACUGACUGCCUCCUGAAUGCUGCAA